UUGUGUUUAUUUUUUUUUUUACAAAUUUGGACAAUAAUUGAAAAAUAAACAUUUUAUUUUUGGAUAUGUCUAUAGCGAAUGAUGUGGUGUUACUUAAAUCCGAUGCUAAGUCAUUGCGCUUUCUAAGGGAAUGGAUUAGAAACACUUUGAAAGUGGAAAUCAAGACUGUCUAUGAACUACGCUCCGGAUGGGUAUACUGUCAAAUAAUGCACAAGCUGUUCCCAAGAGAUAUGCCAUUAUCAAAAGUGUAUAUAGGAACGACAACAGAGCGCGAAUUCGAGGUGAAUUUCUUUAUCUUAAAGAGAUGUUUUAACAGGCUACGACUGAAUCGAAGUGUCCCUGUGCGUGACUUGUUCAUUGGUCGUGGCCAUUAUGAGUUCGUCAACUAUAUUUACAAAUUCUAUGAAGCAAAUGUGGACAAAACAAGGGAAUACGAUGCCGAGGGAGUACGCACUUCCAUGAUCGAAAUAUCGCAGUCUAAGUACAGACGUCCGAUUGUACGCAUAAUGGCACGCAAAUCAGUUGAUCCUUUACAUGUCUCUCUUACUGACAAAAAUCGACAGAUAGAGUAUUUAAUGCGCGAUGUUAAAAGACAAGGCUCUAAGGUAAUGCACGAAAUCAACACAUUUGACUUAAAGUUGCCAGGACGCGAUCCUUUGCCUACGGAGUUAAGCCAAUUGAGAGAAAAGGUGUGCACCAUAUGCCUUUUAGCAGAGCGACAGUACCGAAACGUUGAGCAGAAAAUGCAGAAUAUCUUGGCUAUAGCUAAUGACGAAAACGAAGAUGAAAACGUUACAAAUUAAAUUGCGAAAUACCGAACUACACUACAGAUAAGAAAAUUGAGUGGUGCAAAGAAACUUGAAGACCAUUAAACUAAUGUUGAUGUGCGGCAGAGCAAAGGCCAUGAAUGUGACAAAUGAUGGCGAAAUUG